UGGGUUUCUUAUUCGAAAAGCGAAGGUAAUUAGAACAUGAUUAUAUCAAUCGGAGUAGCGAUUGCAUUAGGUGCUCUAAUCAUAUGGGUUGUUCAUCGAGCACUUUUGAAGCCUCCACCGGCUAAGAAAUGUGGGUUCCCAAAUGGUCCUGCAAUGACUUCACCUCGAGUACAACUCCAUGAUGGAAGGUACUUAGCCUAUAGAGAGCUCGGAGUUUCUAAGGAAGAGGCUCAAUUCAAAGUCAUUAUUUGCCAUGGCCUUGAUAGCUGCAAAGAUAUGGACUUGCCUAUCUCUCAAGAACUUAUGGAAGAGCUUAAGGUAUAUAUAUUGAUCUACGAUAGAGCUGGUUACUGUGAGAGUGAUGCGUAUCCAGCACGUUCAGUGAAGUCCGAGGCGUUUGAUAUUCAAGAACUAGCUGACAGAUUGGAGAUCGGCACAAAAUUUUAUGUAAUUGGAUGUUCAAUGGGAGCACACGCUAUUUGGAGUUGUCUGAAGUAUAUCCCACAUAGACUCCUAGGCGCUUCCAUGGUGGUUCCUCCCGUCAAUUUCUGGUGGCCUUCUCUUCCUUCAGCUUUAUCUCGACCAUCAUUUAGGAAGCUUCCUCCAUCUUACAAACGUACAUUUUGGAUUGCACAUUACACACCUUGGUUGUUCUAUUGGUGGAUGACACAAAAAUGGUUCCCAAAGUUGGGUAGGGAAGGCAUGUUUUCUGAUUCGGAUGAAGUCAUAUUAAACCGACUAUUAGAACGUCCUGAACAGAAAAAAGUAUUACAACAAGGUCAACAUGAUUCUUUUAAUAGAGACAUACUAUGUAGUUAUGGAAAAUGGGAGUUUGAUCUCAUGGCCUUGACCAAUCCAUUUCCCGAUAAUAAGGGCUCUGUUCAUAUGUGGCAAGGUAGUGAAGACCGAAUGGUUCCCAUUGAAUUGAACCGUUUUAUAGCACAAAAGCUAACAUGGAUUCAAUAUCAUGAGAUUCCAAAUCGUGGCCAUUUAUUAGUUCAUGAGGCUGAACCCUUUGAAGCCAUACUAAGGGCACUUCUCGCUCCGCCAUCUAUUAGUUCAUGAGGCUCAACCCUUUGAAGCCAUACUAAGGGUACUUCUCGUCUGAUAACUUCAUCGAUGUCUGUCGAGAUGGGAGGGUGGAUAAUUUACUAUCGUUGUUAUGUUGAAUAAUGUACAAGUUUUCUUAAUCGUCUUGAUUGUGUUCGGUUCUCGAAUUCUCGAACACAAAAAUGAAGGAGACUUCUUUAUUUAUAGAGCU